AUGGCGGCAUAUGCUCCCCGAAUCGCAGAUGGUUUGGGGCAAGAGGCUGCCAUGGCUCGGGAGGUCCUCCGAAGUUUCGAGGAGGACUUCGCCCGGCACCUUUCAAGGGAUGCCCAGGUCCAGCAGGUGGCCUGCAGCCUGAUCGGCUGUGCUGCAGUCGGAACUGUGGGCUAUGCUGGUUUAGUUGCGAUGCCUCUGAUUGCUCUGGGAACGCUGAAGGUUGCCCUGGUGAGCGCUUUGGGAGCGAUUGGAGGGGCUCACUGGGCACGGCAGCGGAGU